AUGUGGAAAUUUGUAGACGAUGUCUCAUCCUCUGAAAAUCUUACAUCGAACAGCUUCUCGGUCACUCAGUCAACUCUUGAUUCUAUCGAUUCAUGGGCAACUUACAAUUGUAUGAAAUUGAAUGCCAAAAAGUGCAAAGAGUUCCGGGUUUCCUUUCUUAAAGAAACCCCGCAGCUACCAUCUUUGACAAUUGAUGGUUACGUGGUAGAAACGGUACAAUCGCACAAAGUGUUGGGUUUAAUUAUUCAAAACAAUCUUAAAUGGGACGAGCAAAUUCGAUCAAUCGUCACCAAGGCCUCCAAACGGUUAUACGGUCUUCGCGUAUUAUGCCGCGGUGGUGUCCCUCCUGCUGAGCUUACCAACAUAUACUUCGCUCUUAUUCGUUCUAUUCUGGAAUACUGUUGUGAG